AGGCUCUUCAGAAGAGACGAGGGUAGCUGUUAGGCACCGCGACGGUCUGCAUCUUCAGGCGCGGCCAGUCACCAUAAAGAGGAACAUCGAACAUCCUUGGAAGGUCAAGGUGAGAUCUACGCGGAUCACUGAAAGGUGAGACAGGUGUUUAGUUUGCUAUAUCUUCAGGAGACAGCUCAGAAUGUUUGAAAGAUCCAGCUAGAGAUCUUACCCUUCCUGGAGACAAAGUGUGGAAGUAAAGCUCUUUAAAAAGCAGUUUCGGUGGGAUCUCAUAUGUUCCCCACACCUUGAACAUCAUUGAACGAAUUCAGCCUUUCCUUCAGGUAAAGCAUCACCUGGACGUUAGAGAGGCAAAUCUAAGUAAAACAAUGUACCUGGUGCACACGUCUCACCCGCAGUUUGUGGGCUUCUGCCUGGGCCUUGUGGGAUGGAUCCUAUCGGUGGUGACUAUCGGAAUAAUCCAGUGGCGGGUCUGGUACACUGCAGACACUGCAGUCAUAACAUCAGGGGUGGCCUGGGUUGGCAUCUGGAGGGUUUGCUUUUACAGUCGCUGGCUGGUGACCUCACAAUACCAGCUGCUCUUCUGUCAGCCUAUGAAGAUUUGGGACACGUUUGUGUCCUUCGAUAUCCGAGCAGCUCAGGUUCUCACGCUGGUGGCGGCUGUCACUGGGGUUGGCGGGAACGUCAGUGCGGCGUAUGGACUCCAGAAAAUCUUCUUUGGGAUCGAGGAGCAGAAGCUCAUCAUGACUGCUUUCCGAAUGGCCGGGACCCUCUACCUACUAGCAGGGGUGUGCUCCCUCUUGCCUCUUGCAUGGAACGUAUACUCCGUGGUGGGCAAUCAUACAAUAGCCUUCCCCUCCAGCUUUCACAUGCCCUCUGCCCCAGUCAAACAGGAAGUGGGGGAUGGCAUUGGGAUAGGGAUCAUAGCCUCUAUAAUAAUGAUGAGCAGUGGCUUUGUAUUUCUCUCCUAUAGGUUUCCAGUUGUCCUUUUGCCCAGGGAUCUUGCUCUGGGACAGAAUAAAGGUGAAUCUGAUUCAUUAGGUAUUGGCAAAAGCUACUCUCAAAGGUCGGUACCUCACAGAAACAAAAACACUGAAAAUCUCUCAUAUGUCCGAGAAAACCCUGCAUUCCAGGUACAUGUGUGAUACUUGGGCGGUUUGAACUGUUUAUCAUUUUCAGUGCAAAGUUAUUCCUACUGAGGAGUAAACUUUACCUUACAGGAGUAACGUCA